AUGCGACUGUUAAACCUUCGCCUUUUCACCUCCCCUUGCAGAGCCCCUCAUUGUUCUUUCUCCUUAAACCCAGUCAAAUUCUCGCCCCCUUCACCUCUCCCUCCUCUCCACCGCCGUAGUCUGAAUCCCGGCGGCGGUUUGCGUCUUAGAGACCGCGUUUACUGCUUUUGCUUGUCCAGAGGUGGUUUUACGGUGGCAGCAAUGUUCCCAUCGCCGCCGUCCGUUCACGUGAAGGACCGUAUUGAUCUGACGGCCAAGGAGGAACAGAUAUUCGACCGUCUUCUCCAGGUCCUCCGUCACUUCAAUCUCCAGACGCAGCUAAGGGUCGCCGGGGGCUGGGUUCGCGACAAGCUUUUGGGGAAAGAAUGUUAUGAUAUCGAUAUUGCCCUCGAUAAUAUGCUGGGGAAGGAAUUUUGUGAAAAAGUGAACGAAUAUUUAUCGUCUAAAGGCGAAGAGGCUCAAGGAGUAGGUGUCAUACAGUGCAAUCCUGAUCAGUCGAAACACUUGGAAACAGCCAGAAUGCGCCUUUUUGACGUAUGGGUUGACUUUGUCAACUUAAGAUCGGAAGACUACAGUGAGAAUAGUCGAAUCCCAACUAUGAGGUUUGGCACUGCUGAAGAGGAUGCUUAUCGAAGGGAUUUAACUAUCAAUAGCUUGUUCUACAACAUCAAUACGAGUGCAGUUGAAGAUUUCACAAAAAGAGGAAUUGAGGACUUGAAAGCUGGAAAGAUAGUGACCCCAUUACCUCCAAAGCAAACCUUCUUAGAUGAUCCGCUUCGCGUUCUCCGUGCUAUACGUUUUGGUGCACGGUUUGGAUUCUUGUUAGAUGAAGAACUGAAGAUAGCUGCUGCAGACAAUGAUGUCAGAGAAGCUAUUGCUGAUAAAAUCAGUAGAGAACGUAUUGGUCAUGAGAUUGACCUUAUGAUGUCCGGAAAUCAGCCUCUGAAGGCAAUAUAUUACAUCUCCGAGUUGCAGCUCUUUUGGGCUGUAUUUAGUCUUCCAAGUGAAGUGGAACCUUCGACUCCAGAAGGAUGUGACAGGCUUUGCAUUGCUUACAUGGAUGCAACAUGGAGAUUUUUGCAGUCAAUAGGUUUCUCCUUGAAUGAUGACCAGCGGAGAGUCUGCCUUUAUGCUGCUCUAUUCCUUCCCUUAAGAAAUGUUAUUUACAGAGAGAAAAAAGGGAAAAAGAUACCAGUAGUAAGCUACCUCUUCAAGGCUGCUCUCAAGUUGAAGAACAGUGAUGCAGAAAUUGUUAUUAGCUUGCAUCUUGCAGCACAAAAGUUCGUGCACUUAAUUCCUUCACUCAUAUCCAACGAGAAUUUUCAAACUCUUCAAGUCGAUAAGAACGCAUUAGCCAUUGAUGUCCCUGUUUCAUCACAACUCAGAAUACAAACAGGAUUGCUUCUUCGAGAAAUCAAGGACUUUUGGCGUGCUGCACUGAUGCUUUCUCUGCUCUUAUACCCUGAAGAUAUUGGUUUGAAUAACACGAAACUAAACGGGAGAAUAGAAUUAUAUAACAGAAUUGAGAAUGCAGUUCUGGAAAUGGGGCUGGAGAAAGUCUGGGACUUGAAGCCAUUAGUGAACGGUAAAGACAUCAUGAGUGUCUUGGAGCUAAAAACGGGAGGGCCUGUCGUGAAAGAAUGGCAACAGAAACUGCUCCAAUGGCAGCUUGCGCAUCCUUCUGGAUCUGCAGACGAAUGCAUCGAGUGGAUGCGACAAAACAACUCAAGAUGCGCCAUGACAGAAUGA